AUGGCUUUCUCAUUUCUAUUCUCGUUGACUCUAACAAUCCUCACCGCUUUCCUGAGGCUGGUGAGCGCAGAUUCAUCCUCAGCCUGCAAUCCUCUGAAUGGGCCAUGCCCUGCGAUUGCCGGCUUGACAACUGGCGAGUACUUCAUGGACUUCACUCAACAAACCACGACUCCUCCAGACUGGAUCCUAGCCGACUAUGCUACCGUUGGCUACGGUUCUCCCAACGGUGCUAAUUUUACCUUUGCAAAGCGAUACGACGCCCCGUAUAUUUGGACCCGCUUCUAUGUUCUCUUCGGGCGCAUCGAGGUGGUCGUCCAGGCCGCCCCUGGUGCCGGUAUCAUCACAAGUUCAGUCAUGAUGUCAGACGAUUUAGACGAGAUAGACUGGGAGUGGUCGGGAAACAACUUUGCCGGAUCCAGCGGUGCCGUGCAGACAAAUUACUUUGGCAAAGGCCAGGUUGGAAAUUCUGACCGCGGCUCUCAACCUGUGGUGGACGAUCCUGAACACAAAUUCCACACAUACGCUUUAGAUUGGCAACCGGACAAAUUGGUUUGGUCUAUUGAUGGCGUCGCUGUGAGGACAUUGAAGAACAACGGCGCAACAACGGGGUCUUACCAAUACCCGCAGACACCAUCCCGGCUGCACCUUGGCCUCUGGUGCUCGGGAGAUCCGAGCACCCCUUAUGGUACGGUGUACUGGGGCGGAGGAUACACGAAUUUCAGCGCCGCUCCGUUCUCAGCGUACGUCAAGUCCGUCAAGAUCACGACCAACAGCCCCUGUUCAAGUUGGCAAUACCCCAGUCCAUUUGACGGCACUUACCAGUCUGUACAAUGCACCAACCAAACAAUCGCACUUCCUUGUACUUAUACAGUAGUUGCUGGUGAUGAUGGCUCCAAGAUCGCAAAAAACUUAACAGUCAAUUUUGAUACCCUCCAGGCAGCAAACCCGGGAGUCAACUGGGAUCAAUUCAUCGAUGUCGUCAACCGCGAGUUUUACUUCCGCGAUUUCUUCCACCACGGUAUCUUCUUCAGCCGCAUCUGUUACUUCCAGUCUCAGCACUUCGACGAGUGCCUCGUCGGUCUACACGUCCCCAUCAAGCUCAUCUGCAACAUCAUCGUCCAUGACGACCUCAGUAUUCCCGAGUUCGUCUUCUUCGAACACGGCAGCUUCAUCAUCUGCGCCACUAAGCUCUUCUUCAGCAAGUGGAUUAGCAAGCUCAUCAAGUUCGUCACGGUCCACCUCAGAUGCAACCUCGGUUCGACCGACGGAGGAAGCAGUACCACAACAUCACCAGCACCUUCUCAAGCAACAAACUCCUACACAGUGGUUGCAGGCGACUAUGGUUGGGCUAUUGCGAACUCACUGGGCUGCUCUUUGGAUGAUUUGAAUGCUGCGAACCCAGGGGUCGACUGGGAUAAUUUGCAGGUCGGGCAAACCCUGAAUGUACCUGCUCAGGCUACUGGCUCCUCAACAUCGACAUAUCCCUCUGGCUCCAGUUCUGCUGUUGCGUCUGAUUCAAUGAACGGAAGCCAGUCACCAUCUUCAACGUCGACAGCUGCUUCUGACUCCUCUUCAGCCGCUACUUCAGGUUCAAGCACUACAUCUGACCCUAACUGUGGCUCUGAUCAGUCGCUCGACUUUGCCAACAACAGGUUCUGGUUCCUUGAGUCAAUCUUGCACAGCUUCUAUUACGACGGCCACAGCGGUGAUGACCCCGACCGGGUUGUUGAGCACCUCAGUCUCGGAUUCAUUUACGUUGCCAUCAUCCACGGAUUCCACCACCGUCAGUGCUGCGGUCACCCCUUCCAGUACUGCGUCAAGCGCGAGUACAUCCACUUCGGCCUCCGGAACAGUGGCUUACACAAGCGACACAACGUCCAGUGGGGAAGACGCCACGGACUCGCUCAGUCCAGAUGCCUCAGUAUCAGUCUCUACCGGCCCAAUGACAUCAACGAUGAGCCAAUUCACAUCCUCUCAGGCGAGUUCGAGCUCGAUGGCCGUGAAUCCAAUCACGACGCCUCCGCUAUCACCGUCAUCAUUAUCUAAGAUGGUUUGCAACCAAGAUAACUGCCUCCGUAAUAUAAUCGAUCCUCGUUAUUCGUCCGUCAUGCGUGGCUUCUGUUCAGCCUACACUACCACAGCAUCCAAUACCGCACCUCUGCCAUCGUUCUUGGGAGGCUGCUCAGCGGAUGUUAAGAGAGUGAGCAGUGCUUGUUCUUGUAUGAUCACCAGCU